CUUCACUCCCAAUUUUCCACUCAAAAUCUUCUUCAAAUUUCAUUCGCCAUUAAUGGAUUCCAUAGACGACGCCUCUACUUUAGAUCUCAUCAGCCAACAUCUCCUCAACGAUUUCAACUCCAUUGAAGCCUUCACUUCAAGUCUCAACUUCGACAACAAUGGAGUAAAGCCUCCAAUCUCCACAGCCCCUUUAAAGGUCAGUCCUCGGCGGCCGUCGCUAAACGUGGCGAUUCCGCCCAAGACCUAUUCUGUUGAACCCAAAUCGGAUGUGGGUAUGAGCCGGCAUUACAGGGGAGUACGCCGGCGGCCGUGGGGGAAAUUCGCGGCGGAGAUUCGAGACCCCAAUAAACGUGGAGCUCGUGUUUGGCUUGGAACUUAUGAUACCGCCAUUGAAGCUGCGAAAGCUUAUGACAGAGCUGCUUUCAAGAUGAGGGGAAGUAAAGCGAUUUUGAAUUUUCCUCUUGAAGCUGGAAAGGAGGCGGAAGAGCCGCCGUUGAAGGCGGAGGUUGGCCGGAAAAGGAGGAGAGAAAGUGAGGCUGUGGAAUUAGGGAACAAGGCGGUGAAGAAAGAAGAACCGCCGGAAACAACAGAGAAAGAAAUCCCGACGAGCAUUUGUCCGUUGACGCCGUCAUGUUGGGCGACGGUUUGGGAUUGUGAUAUGAAUGGGAUUUUCAGCGUGCCGCCGUUAUCGCCGUUAAUGGGAUAUCCUCAAUGCACAGUCAUUUAAAUUGUAAAAAAGAAAAUAAAUGAAUUUCGUUAAAAUAAAUAAUUAAAAAAAAAAAAAAAAACUCGUAAAACCUUGCGAUGGGGAUCAUAGCAUUAUCCAAGUUGACGAGAAGAAUAAAAAAUUAAAAAUUAAAAAAAAAUAAAAAAAAAUAAAAAACAAAAAACAAAAAGAAAUUAUUUCUUUAUUCAUUUAUUGAAUUGGAAAAUUUUGAAUUUUAUUUAGUAGAUGUGUUGUAAUGGUUGAAUGCCUAAUAAGAAAAUUGGGCAAUGGAUUAUCUUAUAAUUAAAUUAUUAUUUAAAAAUAA